AUGGGCCACCAGGAGCCCCCGCUGGCCCGAGUGCGGGCGGGAGGUGCGGCUUAUAUAAACAGGUUAUGUAAAGGGCUCAGCUGGCGCGAACACGUGGAGAACCGCGGGAGCCCGGACGCCCGGUUCUCCCCCGCGGGCGCCGCCGCCACCACCCGUGCCGCAGCACGCUCCGAAGCACACUCGGCCCCGGCCGCCGCCUCUCGCGCCGCUCCGUACCGGAGGCAGCCCUGUCCCGGAGCGGACCAUCCCCAGCCCGGGGCGCCAGGGGGGAAACGGGCCGCGCGGAAGUGGAGGGACGCCAGCCAGGUCACAAUCCAGGGUCCCGCUCCUCCGCGUCCCGGGGCCGGACGGAGGGAUGAGGCAGGGGGGACCCAGGCAGCGCCGUUGCUGCUCCCCCCGCCGCCCGCAGCCAUGGAAACGGGGGAGGAGGACGGCACCCGCAGAGGUACACAAAGCCCCGAGCGGAAAAGGCGAAGCCCAGUGCCGCGGGCGCCCAGCGCGAAGCUGAGGCCGGCGGCGGCCCAGGCCAUGGAUCCGGUGGCGGCCGAGGCCCCGGGCGAGGCCUACCUGGCGCGGCGGCGGCCAGAGGGCGGCGGCGGGUCGGCACGGCCGCGGUACAGCCUGUUGGCGGAGAUCGGGCGCGGCAGUUACGGCGUGGUUUACGAGGCAGUGGCCGGGCGCAGCGGGGCCCGGGUGGCGGUCAAGAAGAUCCGCUGCGACGCCCCCGAGAACGUGGAGCUGGCGCUGGCCGAAUUCUGGGCCCUGACCAGCCUCAAGCGGCGCCACCAGAACGUCGUGCAGUUUGAGGAGUGCGUCCUGCAGCGCAACGGGCUAGCCCAGCGCAUGAGCCACGGCAACAAGAGCUCACAGCUUUACCUGCGCCUGGUGGAGACCUCGCUCAAAGGAGAAAGGAUCCUGGGUUAUGCCGAGGAGCCCUGCUAUCUCUGGUUUGUCAUGGAGUUCUGUGAAGGUGGAGACCUGAAUCAGUACGUCCUGUCCCGGAGGCCGGACCCAGCCACCAACAAAAGCUUCAUGCUACAGCUCACAAGCGCCAUUGCCUUCCUGCACAAAAACCACAUCGUGCACAGGGACCUAAAGCCAGACAACAUCCUCAUCACCGAGCGGUCUGGCACCCCCAUCCUCAAGGUGGCAGACUUUGGACUAAGCAAGGUCUGUGCGGGGUUAGCCCCCCGAGGAAAAGAGGGCCAUCAAGACAACAAAAAUGUGAAUGUGAAUAAAUACUGGCUGUCCUCAGCCUGCGGCUCAGACUUCUACAUGGCCCCCGAAGUCUGGGAGGGACACUACACAGCCAAGGCCGACAUCUUUGCCCUGGGCAUUAUCAUCUGGGCAAUGAUAGAAAGAAUCACUUUUAUUGACUCUGAGACCAAGAAGGAGCUCCUGGGGACCUAUAUCAAACAGGGGACCGAAAUCGUCCCUGUUGGUGAGGCGCUGCUAGAAAACCCAAAGAUGGAGUUGCAUAUCCCCCAGAAACGCAGGACUUCCAUGUCUGAGGGGAUCAAGCAGCUCUUGAAAGAUAUGUUAGCUGCUAACCCACAGGACCGGCCUGAUGCCUUUGAACUUGAAACCAGAAUGGACCAGGUCACAUGUGCUGCUUAAAAUUCAGGGCAAAGCAUCUUGAGUGUUUUUAAACUAGGUUGAUCCUCGGGACCCACAGUCUCAUCGUGUCUCCCACAGAGGCCCACCGAGGUGGUGGCUUGGUCGGUUGGUGAUCUCCCGACAGCUGGAUCUCCGGCAAUGUGAAGCUUUUGUUUGGGU